CAGCCGAGGUACAGGUGCCUGGGGUGCAGCUCGCUGCGCUCGCCCGCCGUCAGAGCAGGCCUCACGUCCCUUGUCCCGCCUUCUGCUGCGGCCGCCCUCUCGCUUCGCCAAAUGCAGGCUGUCGCCCUCCCGGAGGAGAUCUGUUGGCUCCUGGAAGAUACAGAAGACUUCCUGGCAGAAGGCUUGCAGAAUGAGAACCUCAGUCCUGGGGCGCAGGAUCAGAGAGCCCACAUUCUUAGGGGUUUCCAGCAAAUCAAAUCCAGGUACUGUUGGGAUUUUCAGCCCCAAGGAGGUGACCUUGGCCAGGACAGCUCUGAUGACAAUCUGAGUGGGACUCACGGCCCACCCCUCACGUCAGAAGCAUCCUUUUGGUCAGAUUAUCAGGACGAGGGAAUAGAAGACAUCUUAAGAGGGGCUCAAGAGCUGGAUAGCGUCAUCAAGCAAGGGUACCUGGAGAAGAAAAGCAAAGAUCAUAGCUUCUUUGGGUCGGAGUGGCAGAAGCGAUGGUGUGUUAUCAGCAGAGGGCUCUUCCUCUACUAUGCUAAUGAGAAAAGCAAGCAGCCCAAAGGGACCUUCCUCAUUAAGGGCUACAGUGUCCGGAUGGCCCCUCACCUGCGGAAAGAUUCCAAGAAAGAAUCCUGCUUUGAACUGAUCUCCCAGGAUAGGCGCAGCUAUGAGUUUACAGCUUCUAGUCCAGCUGAAGCCAGAGACUGGGUAGAUCAAAUAAGUUUCUUGUUAAAAGAUCUUAGCUCCUUAACCAUUCCCUUCGAAGAGGAGGAAGAGGAAGAGGAGGAAGAAGAGAAAGAAGAGGAAGAAAUGUACAAUGACGUCGAUGGCUUUGACUCCCCAAGGUCUGGCUCCCAGUGCAGAGCCAUGGCCUUGCCUGAGCCUACUGAGAAAGAGGAAGACAUUUAUGAAGUCCUACCAGUGGACUAUGCCGAUUAUUACCAGGGCCUAUGGGAUUGCCAUGGUGACCAGCCAGAUGAACUGUCCUUCCAACGGGGUGACCUCAUCCGCAUUCUGAGCAAGGAGUACAACAUGUACGGCUGGUGGGUAGGAGAGCUGAACAGCGUCAUCGGAAUUGUUCCAAAGGACUAUCUCACCACCGCCUUUGAAAUGGAAGGAAGAUGAAGCCCAGGGAACGUAUUCUUCUCUCUAUCCUACCUCAGGAAGAAACAGACCAUCAGAAACUCCUGUCCCCAACUCUGGCCAUGGAUUCUUCUCUUCCCUGAAUGGAGCCAAGACUCUGCUGCUUCGUGUGACUUUAAGCCACUGAUAAGAUGAGUAGGAAGAAGACAGUUCAUCAGACCUGCUCCUCAAGCAGCCAGCUUCUAGCUUUCUGCCCUCUCUGUGUCCCCACAUCCAUAAGCCUUUCCUACGAGCCCGCUACAAAGAAGACAGCAACGGAGGAAAUCAUGGGAGGAAGAGGCUACUGAUGGGUUGUGGCUUGCAAAGCACAAAUAAAGUCUGGAUGUGUUUCCUUGCCUUGUAUGGUGGGGCUGAAUUCCUUUCUGACAAUAUCACAGGCUGGCAAGAUGGUUCCAUGGGUAAGAGCACCUGCUGCCAGGCCUGAUGACCUGAGUUCAGGCCCCAGGACCCACGCGGUAGGAGAGAACCCAUCCCCACACGUUGUCCUCUGACCUCCAUGCAUGUACCAUGGCACAUGUAUACCCAUACACUUGAAUAAAUAAAAAUGAAUAAUAAGCAAAUGUUAAGUUUUAAUAAUAUCAAAAUGGCACUGCUAGGUAUUCUUGCCAUCUGCAAAGUGGGAAGGGACAGUCACAGCAAGAGUGAAAGCCCGGACAGGGAAGGAGAGAUUGACUGCCUUCAGUCCCACUGAUGGAACAGACAUCUCUGGAACUCAGGACAGCUAGUGCCCUUCUGGUCAGUGUCUCAGACUGCCUUUGGUUGGCUACUUGGUUGUUUCUUCUUCUGUGAUGAACCUCUGAGACACAGACAGAAGCAAGGCCUGGAAAUGAGCACGCUGGAGAGCCCCUCUGUGGGCAUUGUGGUCUCCAGUGAUGGAAUCCCAGACGGAGUGAGGACAUGG